AUCGAUAACACGUGUGUUUUAUUUUAAAAAUAAUGUAUGUAAAUUUGUUUUCAUUAUUCUUUUUCCUUUUAUUUAAUAAUGUAUAUUGUGAUACCAAAGGUUCUAUUGGGUUAGAUGAGUUAACAUUUGAUAAACAUUUGGGCAAAUUUAAAUAUGCCAUAGUUAAAAUUGAUACAAUGUAUCCAUAUGGAGAGAAACAAGAUGAAUUUGAGAAAUUGGCCGAAUCUUGCCAUUCUGCUUCAGAUUUAAUGGUAGCACAUGUGGGUGUUGCAGAUUAUGGGAAAAAUGAAAAUAAAAACUUAGCAGACCAUUAUGGAGUGACAAAAGAAAAAUUCCCAACAUAUAUAUUAUUUACUGAUUACAUGAAAAAUUAUAAAAAAUAUGAUGGUAUAUCCUACAAAUCUGAUGAUAUCAAAGGCUUUAUUAUAAAAAAUACUAAAAUAUGGCUUGGACUCUCAGGAUGUUUAGAAGAUUUUGAUAAAUUGGCCAAAGAGUUUAUAGAUGCAUCUGAUAAAAAUAUAAUAAAAUUAAAAGCUGAAAAGGCAACAGAAAAUCUCAAAAGUCCCAAUGAUAUUUCAUCCGCUAAAUAUUACUUAAAAGUUAUGGACAAAGGAAUCAAGAAGGGAAUUCAGUUUUUUACCGACGAAUACCAGCGUUUAAAGGCCAUUCUCAACAAAGAUCUUAAUAUGCCGGAAGAAAAGAGGGAAGAGUUCAAGAAGAAGAUGAACAUAUUGAAAGUUUUUUUGUUUAAAGAUGAAUUAUAAAUUUCCAGUUCUACCUCUACUUUAAAAAAUCUUAGUUAUUUUGAUAUUAGAAUAUAUAUUUCUCUUGUAGAGUUAAUAUUGGUUAGAUGUGAUAUAAUUUUUAUAACUUAUAUUUUUUUAAAUUAAUAUUUUUGAUUCCAAAAUUAAUUUGUAUUUAUUAUUA